AUGCACCUCUUGAAAUUCCUACAGAUCUUGCCGGUGGUCACGGCAGCUCGCCUGAUUGUCCCCCGUGGUGUUGAAGCAACUGAAAGCAGAUAUAUUGUCGUUAUGAACAAUCAUACCGUGUCCAAGACCGUCACCAACGCGGUCUCUAAGAUUGGUGCUGAUGCUGACUACACCUAUUGCAACAUCUUCAACGGCUUCUCUGCUACUCUCAGCAAGACUGAGUUGAAGCAUCUCCUCGAUGAUCCAAAUGUCGAUUUCGUUGAGCAGGUUACCACUGUGUACGGAGCUGCAGUCCAAAAGAACGCACCCUGGGGACUAGCGCGUAUCUCCAACUCUUUGCCGAGCCCUAAUCCUAGGACUUACACCUACGAUGACAGUGCUGGUGAAGGUACAUGCGCCUAUGUCGUUGAUUCUGGCAUCGAGGUUGAGCACCCUGAAUUCGAGGGUCGCGCCAAGUUCGUGCAGAACUUUGUUGACAACGCCGACUUGGACGCUAAUGGCCACGGCACUCACGUUGCGGGCACGAUAGGUUCCAAAACUUACGGUGUUGCAAAAAAGACGAAGCUGUUUGCCGUGAAGGUCUUUGACGAGAAUAACGCGGGUCAGACUUCUGGAAUUCUCGCUGCUAUGGAAUUCGUCGCCGAAGAUGCCUCCACUCGAAAGUGUCCUAGAGGUAUCGUGGUGAACAUGUCUGUAUCACUCCCAUCCUCCCCUGCCAUCAACGCCGCCGCUCGAUACAUUACAAAAUCGGGUCUGUUUCUGGCUGUUGCUGCUGGCAAUGACGAUUCAGAUGCUUCCCAAGGCUCUCCCGCCAACGAGCCCACGGCCUGCACUGUUGGUGCCACUGCGAUAAAUGAUACUCGAGCCUCCUUCUCCAAUUAUGGUGUUGUUGUUGAUGUUUUUGCCCCUGGUGUGGACAUCAAGAGCACUUGGGUUCGCGGAGGUGUCAAGGUCAAGUCUGGUACCUCUAUGGCUACACCACAUGUUGCCGGCUUAGCAGCCUACUUGAUGGGCUUGAAAAAGGUCAAGACAGCUAGUCUGUGUAAUCUUAUUGCAUCAACUGCCCUCAAGGGCGUUAUUAAGGGUGUUCCUCACGAUACAGUGAACCUCCUUAUUCAGAACGGCAAAGCAAAGUAA